CGCUGGCCCACCGACGCGGAAACCAUUAAUUUUCCUUUUCGCCCUGUAUACCGACUGAAAAACCGACAGCCUGAUGGCUGAAAUCGUCUUAAGCUUAAGCCAUUCGUCGGUAGAUCGGUGAGGUGUAUAGAAAGUGUUAAGCGUGUCCGAAUCGAAGAGUUGCAGUUUAUUUAACUAACAGUUUAGUCAAGGAUAAAGGCAGUCACCAUGAGAUCGUUUGCUAUUGCUGUCCUUUCUUGUGCUGCUUUUGCAAACGCAGUCUUAGUCCAAGACGGCCCUGCCUGUCCAGAGGAGCAUGGAGUCCAAGCAUACGCUCAUCCAGAGUCUUGCAACCUUUUCUUCCUGUGUACUAAUGGUACCCUUACUGUAGAAACCUGUGAAAAUGGUCUUCUCUUUGACGGCAAAGGAAACGUUCAUCAUCACUGUAAUUACAAUUGGGCUGUGGAUUGUGGACACAGGAAAGCAGACUUGACACCAAUCAGCACACCAGGAUGUGAAUACCAAUUCGGUCUCUAUCCAGAUGGCCAAGAGUGUUCCGUACACUACAUCAAAUGUGCAUAUGGUGAACCAAUCCCUUUUCAAUGUGAUCCAGGACUAGUUUAUGACGAAAGAAUUCACGGAUGUAAUUGGCCUGAUUUGUUGGCAGAAAAAUGCAAUCCUGAAGCCGUUGUUGGUUUCAAAUGCCCCACCAAAGUCCCCUCUAACAGUCCAGCAGCCAAAUUCUGGCCAUACCCACGGUUCCCAGUUCCUGGAGACUGUCACCGUUUGAUCACCUGCGUCAACGGCUAUCCACGGUUGAUCAGCUGUGGAGAGGGAAAAGUCGUGGACGAACACACCCUAACCUGCGAAGAUCCCGAACUAGUACCCCACUGCGCCAACCAUAUUAGAAAAUAGAGAGGUUUCAAGUCUUGUGGACGAGGCGGACGAUGUAAAAUUUGACCAAAAAAAUUAAUGUUGUUUCUUUUUAGAUAAAAUAGUAUUUGUAGAGUAUUGUUUAAUAGUAGUUUACCUAACAAGUGCGGAAAGUGAUACUUUUCCGCACGCGAUUGCCAAACGACGCGUUAGCGGAGUUCGGCCAGCAAAGGCGUGCGGAAAAGUCACUUUACGAACGUGUUAGGUACACUAUUUUUUCUACUAACGUGCGGAAAAAACCCAAAAGUUAUCAUAAAGAAACAUUUAUUAUUAAAUACAUAUCAACAAAUUAAUUUUUCUUAAUAUUAAUAUUGAACGUGCAAUUUGUGGCAUUCUGAAAAUUAAUUGCAGAGGCUAAAAUGUUUUCCAAUGAAGUCAGAUUUCGGUUUUCCACUUCUUUGUCAGCACUAAUUGUUGCAAUUGUAGCGAUGAGAACUUGGCUGGAAGAAGUCAUUUUGGAAGGCUUUACUGGUGACAGCUGCUGACUAGUGGAAAGACCAGCGACAGCGUCACUGAAGUUUAAAAUUUUAUUCGAUAGGCCCUUUUGGAAACUUGGAAACCCCUAAGGCGUUUAAUAUUUGUUAUUCCUUCUCCGGAAUCUGCAAGCAUUGUGGCGGUUAAACGUCGGAAACUCUGGCCCGUAUAUAAUUCAGGAUUUGGAAGCUUCAGAUAACUUGCAAUCUCUGAUGGCAUUUUCCCGAAGAUGUUUAUUCCGAUACAUUGUACAUUGCAAGUUCCUUUCUUAUAUUUCACGGAAAAUCGCUUAUGUGGGGUUUCAGGCUUCCUUAAACUCACAUACUUUCUGAACAAAUUGAGCAAUUUUCCAUUUUCAGCUUUCUCAGAAAUCGCAAAGCUUCUGAAAGAGUGUUUUUUUGUGUCUGGGAUAUUUAUCAAUAAAAUAUUUCCUGUGUCAUCAAUAUGAUCUAAAGACAUCUUUGUUAAUUCUUCUCGCCUACAUGCGCCCGCCAAAUCAAAAAUCGUAGCGACUUUUUUAUGAAGAUAAAUUUUGUCAGGCGCUUCAUUUAUAAACUUCAUUUAUAAACUUAAAAAUAUUUGCCUUUUUUGGUCUAAAUCCAAUGUUUUGUUUUUUAUAUAUGUCUUAAUCGACGUCUUUUUUGAGUUUAAUUACAGUUUUUAACAUUGAGUACCUAGACCAAAGAAUGUUUGGCUUGCAUGUUUUGGAAAUUUCAGCGAAAUAAGCCAAAAAAACGUCUUCUUUAAAAAUUUUAAUUCCCUUAUUCUGCCACCAGUUUUCAAACAAAAUAUAUUCCUUUUCAUACAUAUAACGGGAUUUUGAUGGUAGGUAGAUCCAAGUUUGCAGUUCUAGCCGCUUCCAAAACGUACUCUAGUGCGGAAAAGUGACUCUGUCAACACUAAAAUGAGUGCGGAAAAGUGGACUUUUCCGCACGCUAGUAGAAAAAAUAUAUUUCAUUUUAUUGGACUUUUGGUAAAAAUUAUUAAUUUGAACAAUAUUCUAUUAAAACUGUUUCUAUUUGUGUUUUUGUAUAGUUAAUUUUGGAUAAAAGAAUGCGUUAGUAAUUUUUGUAGUAUAUUUAUUUUAUAUGUUAAUUUUUUUACUUUUUUA